AUGGCAGAGAAAAGGAAAACUAAAAAACGCAAAGAGGAGUUCGGUGAACCUCCUGUGCCUGAGAAGCCGACAAGUGAAGAAUAUUCAGUAGCAAAAUGGCUGAAAGCGAACGUCCCCACCAAGAAAACCAAAUUCCUAAACCACCAUGUUGAGUAUUUUACAGGUACAAAGGCAGUAGAUGCUUUGCUCACAUCAAAAUGGGCGACGGGGAAAAACCCAAUAUUCACAACGCGACACGAGGUCACAGAUUACUUGCACCAGAUGCUCGUGCACAAACUAUUCCACAGAGCUAAAAAGGUUCCGGUCAGUGAGCAAGAAUUAAAAGGGAAAUCAAAGAAGAAAGAUAUUGAGAAGUCGAGUAAGAGUGGAGACGAGAAGGACAAAGAGAAAGAUGGAGAGAAGAGUGCUGCCGAAAGUAAGGACACAAAAGACAAAGACAGCAACAAAGAGAAAGAGAAGAAGAAACGCAAGAUCCGUUUAGAAAUGCACAUGGAACAAGUGUUCCUCGACACUUUGGACGCCUACGUAUGGAUAUACGACCCUAUGCCGUGGUAUUACUGGCUAUGUGGGGCUUUAGUCGUUUUUGGUACUAUCGGAGUGUGUAUGUUCCCUCUAUGGCCAGCCACUGUACGUAAAGGCGUGUACUACCUCAGCGUGGCGGCGGCAGCAUUCCUAGUAAUGAUAAUAGCACUCGCAGUACUCCGGGUGGUUGUGUUCUGUCUUGUGUGGAUAUUGACCCUGUCCCGGCACCACCUGUGGCUAUUACCAAAUCUGACCGAAGACGUUGGCUUCUUUGCUUCCUUCUGGCCUCUUUAUAAGUACGAAUACCGUGGUCCGGGUUCUGAAAGCGAUAAAGCGUCGAAAAGCAAGAAGAAACGUAAGAAAGACAAGCAUUCGGAUGACGAUGAAGAGAAACCGUUGAUAACUGAGCCAGUGCAAGACGCUAGUGUAGAAGCUGUUACUGAGCCCGAGAAUAAAGAAUCAAACCAAGAGUCGCCAGAAUCGCAAGAGUCACCAGAAGCUCCAGAAGCACCGGACCCAGCAACAGAUAAGCAUUCAGAAUCAGAAUCUGAUUCUCAACGCUCUUCAACGGACAGGGACUUUGAAAUGGUCGAGCCCGCAGAUGUAGAGCCAGAUUCUAAAGAUAACACCACU